GCAGCAGCUGCUGAGUUGCUCAGACAUGGCGGAGGAUACAGUGUAACUGAGGAUCAGCGGCGGAGUUACGUGAGUUUCCCCAGCAGUUGAGUCGUCGAAGGGCGCAUUAAAUGAUACAUAAGAAGAGGACAAUGUGUUCGGCUAAAGCAUACUCUGAGGGGAAGCAGAAAACGACCUGAACUGCCUCACACGAGUAAGAUGGAAAAAUGUAUAGCUGUUUAGUGCAGUCAACAGCCUUGGGCAACAAAUAUGGCUUCUUGUGCCUUUUUCAAUAUGCUAUAAAAAUUUAUCUCCCAUGCAAGCUAAUGCCGUGGUGGCUCCGGCUAACUUCUGCAAGCCGCGAUAAGUUAAGUUCAAUAGUCGCUCGGUACUUUUGAUCGGUAAGGAUAUUACAUCCACUUGGCCGUCUGGGUUAGCUGGGAAGCUACGGAACUACAGCGGAUAGCAAUGGAGCCAAAGCACAAAGAGUUGCUAGACCAGUGCCACCAGAACUUAUUGGAGUCCAUAACAGAUGCGGACCGAGUGAUCGAGCUGCUGAUAGUUUCUGGUACCUUGAGUCAGCUCGAUAGGUUCGAACUGGACCAGAACUGUUCGUCCAGCGCCGAGAAAGUAGACCACCUUUUGAAGAUGCUGAUGAACAAGGAGAGCGACCAUUUCCUCGACCUGUGUGUGGCCCUGGAGAAGGCAUACCCUGACCUGUAUACUGCCCUGUUCAGCAACAACGGCGGAGGACCUGUGGACCACUCUACCGGUUCCACAUACAGCGUUCUCUCCACUAUGCCCUCUGACUCAGAAAGCAGCAGCUCCCUCAGUAGUGUUGGUUCGCCUGUUAACGGUGAAGCGUCCUCCCCACCCCCAGCCAUCAACGACAACCGGCCAUCCGGCGACAACCUGGACACCAUCUUGUUCCAGCUCCGCCAGGUGACCAGGGAGAGGGAUGAGCUCCGUAAGCGUCUGGCGUUGGCAUCGCCCGGGACCACAUUCGAUGACUACAGGCCAAAUUCUAAAGCUAGUCAUGACUAUGAGCGUCUGAAAAGUCAGUGCAUGAGGGCCAUGGCAGAUCUGCAGUCUCUCCAGAACCAGCACACCAAAACACUCAAGAGGUGCGAGGAGGCUGUAAAAGAGGCUGACUUCUACCACAUGCUGCACAGCCGCGUCUUGGGCGAACAGACACAGCUGAAGGAGGAGAUGGAGACACUCAGGAGGGACAACGCCCAACUGGUCCGAGAGCACAACCACCUAAAACAGAACUGUGAGGAGCUCCAACGAUUGCACUGUCAAGACCAGAAAGAGUUGGCAGACCUCCGGCUACAACAACAACAGGUAAUGAGAGAGAAGGGCUCGUCAGAGGUGUUAAACAAACUGUAUGACACCGCUAUGGACAAGCUGGAGGGUGUAAAGAAGGAGUAUGAUGCCCUGAGCAAGCGCUACAGUGAGAAAGUGGCUAACCAUAACACAGACCUGAGCCGCCUGGAGCAGGCAGAGGAGGAGAACCGAAGGCUGCAGAAGCAGAUGGAUGCAUUGCUCAAACAGCGAGACUCAGCCAUGCACUACCAGCAACAGUGCUCCACGUCAAUGAGGAGGUUUGAUUCAGUGCAACAGGAGCUGAACAAGUCCUCAGCUCAGAAUAAGGAGCUGCAGAGAGAGAUGGAGCGCCUGCAGUCAGAGGUGACACGCUACAAGAACCUGCAGCUGAAGGCAGCCAAGGACUGCGAGAAGUAUAAGGAAGAGAGGGACUCCGUGUUCAACGAGUACCGACUAAUUAUGAGUGAGAGGGACCAGGUGAUCAAGGAGCUGGACAAGUUGCAGACAGAACUGGAGGCAGCUGAGACCCGACUGAAAAACACCUCUUCAGAGAGAGUGGUGGCCAGUGAAGAGUUGGAGGCACUCAGACAGGAGUUGAAUUCGUCACUGGUGGACCGCGACAGGGCCAUCUGCGAGAGGAACGAGCUGCUGGAGAAGUACUGCCACGAGGUGAAGGACAAGGCCGAGGCUCAGAAGGAGCUGACCCAGGCCUGCAAGGACAUCGAGAUGGUCAGGGAGGAGAGGGACGUGGCCCGCAAGGAGAGGACGGAAGCCAUCAUUCAAAGGGAUCAGUUGCUCCGAGAGUACUAUCAGGCCAGACAGAAACAAGACUCGGCCACCCUGGACAUUGAACGAGCCAAUAAAGAGAUUGAGAUGCUGAGGAAACAGUAUGAGGCCAUGUCCCAGGAACUGAAGGAGGCCACACAGGAGGCUGAGGUGGCCAAAUGUCGACGGGACUGGGCUUUUCAAGAGAGGGACAAAAUCGUGGCGGAGAGGGAGAGCAUAAGGACUCUGUGUGAUAACCUACGGCGGGAACGGGACCGGGCAGUCAGCGAUCUGGCCGAUGCUCUGCGUAACUUGGACGAUAUGAGGAAACAGAAGAAUGAUGCGUUGCGAGAGCUCAAAGAACUAAAGGAGAAGAUGGAGAGCCAGCUGGAGAAGGAGGCCCGGUUCUGUCAGCUAAUGGCCCACAGCUCUCACGACUCCGCCAUCGACACAGACUCCCUGGAGUGGGAGACAGAGGUGGUGGAGUUUGAGAAAGACAGGGAUGACAUGGAUUUGAAGGCACUUGGGUUUGAUAUCGCUGAGGGGGUAAAUGAUCCGUAUUUACCAGGGGAUUGUGGAAUAUUUGUUACAAGGGUGGACAAAGGAAGUAUCGCAGAUGGAAGGUUAAGAGUGAAUGAUUGGUUGUUGAAGAUUAAUGACAUCGACUUGACCAAUAAGGACAGGAAGCAGGUGGUGAAGGCUGUCCUUAAUGGUGGAGGACUGAUCAACAUGGUGGUACGAAGAAGGAAGUCUCUGGGAGGAAGGCUCGUCACUCCUGUUCACAUCAACCUCGUGGGACACAAAGACAGUGGUAUUGGUUUGGAGAGUGGCGUGUUUGUCACUGCCAUUGUCCAGGGCAGUCCAGCAGCCAGGGAGGGUUCUCUCACAGUUGGAGACCGACUGAUUGCUAUAAAUGGCAUUGCUCUGGAUAACAAAUCUGUGACAGAGUGUGAGGCUCUGUUGAGGAGCUGCAGGGACUCUCUUAGCCUCUCUCUCAUGAAGUUCUUCCCUCACAGCACAUCAGGCCAGAACAUCUUUGAGAACCUGCGUGAGUCAUCAGAAAAGUCUAAUGGGCGCAUUCACCUGUCAGAGAUUCACUCCCGGAACAGCCGCAACCUCAAACACAACAGCUCGACACAGACGGACAUCUUCUGCCCUGAUGGAAGCACCAGCACAAGUAGCAUCUCUGGGGAGAGGAGGAAGGUCAGAGGUGAAUCUGAUGAGGUGUACGGCGACAUCAGCAAACCGUUCUCCACAGGUUCCCUCCAUGCCACUAGCCUUCGACUGGCCUCUGACUUGGGCACUGGCCGUUAUGGGCCCAGUGCUUUCCAAGAGUGCUGUCCUUACACAAAGGCGCCUUCCUCCUUGCCCUUUGACCCUGUCUCUCCCUCAGACUGCAUCACAAUGGAGACAACCCUGGAGAAGAAGCACAGUGGGGGCACGUGGCCCAAGAUGAUGGUGGGAGCUAUGUCGGUUUCACCAGAUAACACCAGUCCAGUCACAGCAGCAGCCCAGCUCUCCAUCUACAAAUCGCCCAAGCAGAGGAAGUCCAUCUUUGACCCAGACACUUUCAAACGCCCUGAAACGCCUUCCUCUAAGAUGGAGUACAUGGCAGCCAACCAGAUUGCAGCAGUAGCUGCUGCAGCUUCCCACUCCCCACAGCCUUCGAAGACAGAGUCCCUCUCCUCCUCAUCCACCCCUACCCCAACCCCUCCAACCCCACCCACUCGCAGUGACUCCUUUAAGUUCAAACACAAACAUCAAAGCAGCUCUGCCUCUGACUGCACGAUCACCUCAGACGGCAAGGGAGAGGCUGUCAUCUCCAUGGCAGCAGGAGAGAGCAGAGAGAGGAGCGAGCGAGAAAGAGAUAGGAAUGGAAACCACUAUUUCCUGGACGGCAAGGUCCUGACCUCGAGGAAGUCAUGUGAUGAAGACAUCGGCCGAACCAGAGGGGAGGAGCCGGAGGUGAAGAGGCCGCGCCCUAAAUCUGCCCCCGCCCUUCGACGUAGGAUGACCCCCCAGACCAUCACUCUUCCCACCUUCCAAAGUUAUUCUAACGAUGAGCAUUCGCCAGAGCCCAGGGACGUGCUGCGUUCCUCCCCCAACCGCUCCCAUAGGCACAGCGUCGGCUUUGUCCCCACAGUCUACAAUGGCACCCUACCUCCUAAUUCAGCCCACCGGGGUCUCUCUCCUUGCCCCGCUGUGACGGCCGUGAUGAGGAAUCCAGUGUACACCGUGCGCAGUCACCGCGUUCAUACCAGCAACUGUCCAUCUGUCGCCUCCCAGAUAUGUCACCAGCACACACACACCAGCCCACAACACCAGGGUCGUCUGAGCCUGGACCUGAGCCAGCAGAAGCGCACGAGUGACUACUCUGAAUCCUCAUCAUCACGCAGCAGCAGAGCUUCACACGGUACAAACUCACUGCCCUCCACCGCACGGCUCGGUUCUUCUAAUAAUGUCCAGUACCGCGCAGAGAGGAUCAAAAUCCCUUCCACUCCCCGCUACCCCCGCUCCAUGCUGGGGUCAGACAGAGGCUCCCUCUCGCACUCUGAGUGUAGCAGUCCCAGUCUCAUCACGCCUCCACAAUCGCCACUCAAUCUGGAGACUUCCUCGUUUGCCAGCAGCCAAUCACAAGGCUCCAUUUCCACUUUACCUCGGAUCUCAGUCAGCCCUGUGCCAAUAGGGGAGCGCAAGAAAGACAGAUCUCUUUACCGUAACAGAUCUUUUCUAAGGAUUCCUCUGGCUGCAAGGCCGAGGUUCUCCUCUCUCAGGAGCCUCAGGCCAUACUUGGAGGAACCCCGCAAUGUCAUUGUGCAAAAAGGUGCAGAGCCUCUAGGCAUCUCCAUCGUCAGCGGGGAGAACGGAGGGAUCUUUGUCUCUAAAGUUACUGGAGGUAGCAUCGCCCACCAGGCAGGAUUGGAGUAUGGAGACCAAUUACUGGAGUAUAAUGGCAUCAACUUGCGGAAUGCCACGGAGCAGCAAGCUCGUCUCAUCAUCGGCCAGCAGUGUGACACCAUCACCAUUAUGGCCCAGUACAACCCACACAUGUACCAGCUGGGCAACCACUCUCGCUCCAGCUCCCGUCUGGAGCCAGUCAGUACUCAGUCGACUCCUCAGGGGAGCGGAGCCGCCACCCCUGACAAUCACUCCACCAUCGAUACACUCAGCGAACAGGACGAGGGCACGCUCACUCCCUCCUCCAAGCAGACCACACCCACUACCAGCCCCCACAAUUUCAUCAGAAUGCCAUCUGAUGGUAGCAGGAAGGUGGGUGAGCCACGGCUUGUGACAGUGCGCAGGCCCGGGGUGGAGGUGGGAGUCACACUCUGUGGAGGGAACCUACGAGGCGUCUACAUAGAGAGCCUGGAUGAGGACAGUCCUGCCAGAGGCUCUGAUGGGCUGCUUCCUGGGGACCUCAUUCUGGAGUACAACUCGGUGAAUAUGAAGAAUAAGACGGCAGAAGAGGUGUACGUUGAGAUGCUGAAGCCUGCAGAGACAGUCACAUUCAAGGUGCAGCAUCGGCCAGAUGACUUCAGCAUGCUCAAAGAUGUCCCAGGAGAUGCCUUUUAUAUUAGAGCACUUUACGACCGGGUGGGGGAGGCCGAGGGGGACCUCACUUUUAAGAAGGAUGACAUCCUGUAUGUGGAUGAGUCGUUACCAAAGGGCAUCUUUGGGACCUGGAUGGCCUGGCAGCUAGAUGAGAACGCACAACAGAUCCAGAGGGGGCAGAUUCCCAGCAAGUACAUGAUGGACCAAGAGUUUUACCGCAGACACAGUGUGACAGAAAUGAAGGAAGACUCCAGUAAGACUCUCUCUGCAGCAGCCCGCAGAUCGUUCUUCAGGAGGAAACAGAAACACAAACGCAGCAGCUCCAAAGACAGCAAAGAGAUGGUGGCUCUGGACGCCAUCAGCACAGACUCCAUCCCCUUCCUUGAUGACUGUGUGAGCCUGGCAUACCAGCGGGUCCAGAAGGUGGAGUGCACAUCUCCCCGACCAGUACUCAUCCUUGGGCCGCUCACUGACCCCGUCAAGGAGAUGCUGGUCAAAGAGUCUCCUGGGAAGUUCUGCAGAUGUGUACUGGAGGUGAUGAAGGCAUCCCAGCAAGCCAUUGAGCGGGGCGUCAAAGACUGCCUCUUCAUCGAUUACAAGCGCAGGAGUGGCCAUUUUGAUGUGACCACUGUUGCUUCUAUAAAGGAAAUAACAGAUAAGGGCUGUCACUGUUUGCUGGACAUUGCCCCGCACGCCAUCGAAAGGCUCCACAGCGUUCACAUUUAUCCAAUUGUUGUCUUUGUCCGCUACAAAAACGCCAAGCAGAUUAAGGAGCAGAAAGAUCCGGUUUAUCUGCGGGACAAAGUAUCUCAAAAACAUUCCAAGGAGCAAUUUGAAAGUGCACAGAAGAUAGAGCAAGAGUACAGCAAAUUCUUCACAGGUAUUGUCCAAGGUGGCACCCUCCCUUACAUUUGCACUCAGAUCAUGACUAUAGUUGAUCAAGAACAAAGUAAAGUCCUGUGGACUCCACUCGGCUGCCCCUAGAGGAGACCGGCUGCCACUACAGCAAGCUGCGGCUUCCAUCUCCAUUCCCCAAACACUAAUUAACCCUUUCACACUAUACCAAUAGGCACACUACAGCGAGCUAGUUAUGUAAAUUAUUGAUAUUUGUUUUUUAUUUUUUAUUUUGUAUUCGUUAUCAUUUAUAAUCGGAGCCUCCCUUGUUUCUGACGUACUCGGGAGCAAGUUAGUAGCACUGGAUCUCGACGUUAAAGUUUGCAUUGUAAGCGUUCGUUUACAACACAGUCAAAAGACGAGUCUGACUAUUGGUGUUCAAUAUUUGCUUGAAUGCGUGUCCCUCCCCCUGUGUACACAAACAACAACACUAAAUGAAGUUCAGCCACCCCUGACCCACCCGUGUACCAAAUGACAUUUGUGGUUUCCCUACAAUUAUGCACCCAUUUGAUGAUGACUGACAACUAAUUGUGUGUGUUUGUUGUUGAGUGUGUGUGUGUGUGUGUGUGUGUGUGUGUGUGUGUGAGAGAGAGAGAAAACAUUGAGACUGUUGUUCACAAUUGUAAUGACAAUUUCAGUUGAGUUGAAUCAUGGUUGGUUGUUAGCAUGAAUACGAUGCUAUAGAAAUGGAAUGCCAGGAUCAGACAUCACAUUCCUCGUGGUGUUUCAGCACAAAAGUGCAAAAGCAUCAAACCUCUUGAAGUAUGUAGCUGUGGUCUUACUGGACCUGACUGCCAGCAGUGACGGCCAUGAAAACUCAAAACACAUCGAUGUUUGCUCUAUGCAUUGUGUUUCUAUAGUAGCUGGGUGUGUGGACAGUUUAUGGGCCUUUCGGAAGUGCCUUUGGAGAAGAAGCCUGAUCUGAAACCAGCCCCUGGUCACUUAGUCAGAACGUUAAGAGGAUUUUUGAAAGUUUUCUUCAUCAAAAUCCAGUGCAUCAUUUUACCCAUCAUGGACUAGAUGAUUUAGGGGCUGAUUUGAGACCAGUUUUGUGUAGAGCGCAUGACAAUGGUGAGGUUUUGAGGGUAGGCCGAAGCGGCGGCCAACGGGUUAACUCCUCAGAAUGCACUCCAGGGCUAGACAGACCACUGUGUAACUAUCAUUCUAUCUCUUAAACAUAUAUUUAACAACAAUAUAGAGUAUAACAUAUACAGUAUGCAGAUACAUCUGAAAAAAGCAAAUAUAUAUAAAUAUAUAUUACAUGUAUUUUCACUAGGUCAUACGCCUAGGAACGUCUGACGGUCAAGUCAUGUCUUAGCAGGUAUUAGCAUGUUUUUGUUUUUAUUUUUAAAGAAUUUAUUUUUGUUUUUUGUGGUUGGUUGUCAGUCACUUAUUGAUGUACUCAUUAAAAGAGACACUAUGAAGCUAAAUUUGCAGGGUAAUAUCUUAAAGGAUUUUCCUCUGAUCUGUUUAAAUGUUAGUGACCUUUCAUUGUUAUUUAAUUGUAUUUUUUUAUUCAGGAGGCAAAAAAUAUUGACAUAAAUAUUCUGCCCUUCCUCAUAACCAUAUCCUGUAUCUUAUUGUGCCAAAAUCCACUAAGGCAACUUUAUCCUUUUAUUUUUGUUUUGCACUUGUUUAUCUGUUAACCUUAAACAUGUAACUGUUCCUAGGUUUCCAGUAGACUAUGAAUAGGUACUAUAAUUUCUACUGUAACUAAUUCACGUUUUUAUCUCUCUCAUCAGUUCCUUACAUUUCAUUGAUGGCCUUUUAUUCUUAAUUAGAACAAAAAAGGAUCACUUCUUAUUUGAAUUAUUAAAAAGGGAUCUAUUCUUGCACAGUUUUUCAAAGGAAAAUUGGUCCACAAGUUUGACUAUUGGGCUAAAAGAGUAAGCAUAAGCAAACUGUAAUGUUACUAUUUUUCUGAGUAGAUAGCAUAUGUUAGAGAGAGCGAGAUACAACGUGAAAUGGUUGUAUUUUUAGAAAGGGUCUAGAUGCCAGGUACUGAUUGAACUUUUCUUUUAUUAAAAAGAAUGUGAUUUGUAUGUUGAGACAUUAACAUAAGAAUAAAACUCUUUCUGUAUCACAA